UUUUUUAUUCAUCGCACAAUUUUUAUAAUAAAAUUAAUAUUAAUUUAAUAGUUAUGUAAAUUUCUUUUAAAACGUUUUUAUAAAACAAUUCAUACAAUGUUUUCAAACAAAUUGUGUUUUAAAUUAAUUCAUAAAGUGCUUACAAUUUCAAUAGUUUUUGUGUAUAUAAUCCCAAAUUCUUGUGAUACUUAUGCCGACAAUAAUAUAACGGAUGAAACGAGUGGACAGUAUUUCGGUGCUCAGGAACUCAUAUCCAGAAGUGAACCCAAAUUAUUGGGGAUUUUUGCCGACGGAGUCACUGAUCGUACAAAUAAUAGUGUUAUAAGAUUUAACGAUAAUUAUGGGGUCGGAUUAAAAGAUCAAUUUACAAUAAAUAAGCGAGAACAAAUUGGAGACGAUGACCAAACGAGUGCACAAUUGCCAGAAUAUGGCACUAAUAUAAGCCAAAAAAGCCAUUCAUUAAAUCUAUGUAAUAAAUUGGGUGAACAAAGUGAACCGGAGCCUAACUGUUUGCUCAGUCCUAUACAAACACCUUCAGUGAAUAAUCAGAUAGUGCCUUUAUAUCCCGUAUACUUUCAUAUGCAUGAUGCGGAUGUUCAGAAAUCCAAUCCCCUCAAAAUGCCUCGGGAAUCAUAUAUCGCAAUGAUGGUGAAGGUGUGUAGUAAACCUUAUGGUCAGCUAUUGAUAUACGACGAGGAGUCCAAAAAACAUUUAUUGAGUUUUAAUAAUGAUGGUCACACCGAUAUGUGUAACUAUUACGGUGACCAAAGUAUUAAUAAUUACGAGACCUUUGUAUCCGAUUCUAAUAAUACUUUUUCUCUUGAUAUCUACUACUUCGUGAUUAACUUCCGGGACAUCUCUGAGCGGGAACUGUAUUGGAAGGACGAUGAAGACCACUACCAAGAGGUCGCUUACGUCCCAAACACUGUCAUCACAUAUAAACUGAUGCCUCCGCCGCCCACCGGAGGCAAGGAUAUUAGGGUCGGCAUUAGGAUAUACAUUGAAUACCUGGACAUUGACGUGGAUUCUGGCGAUUUCGUGCUCAUAGGACCCGGUUCUGAGCCAACGCACCGGGAGUUAAGCAAAGCACAGAUAAUCACUGAACUUAUUGGCGAAGAUGAUGACGACCAAGAAGUGUUCAUUUAUGCCGAUUCGGCUUAUAUUCGUUUAGUGACCCAUAAUUCCCUGAAAACGGGAACAGCUGAGCAACUGACCCAACAGAAGGGAACGGCUCUCAAGUUCAGGUGGUAUGAGCCCAACAUAACUGUAACGGACCGUCCGGAUGAACAGGUGCCCCAACGAGUGCGGGACUCUGCCGUCCAGGUGUGUGUCAUAGACCAGAGUUGUGCCACAUUUAACACCACAUAUAAGACGGCAUUCAUCGACGAGUUGGUACACAUCGCCAAUGUCUUCCUCUUCAAAGACUCCGACGACAAAGACGUCAAGAAUUUGGUUUCCAGUGAAUCGGUGUAUUUAUUCAACACCGAAGACAAUGUCCGCAUCCGUAACGGCAAGAGUGACAUAUCGUGUCAGAUGGAAAUGGCGAUCACGAGUCCCAUAGACGUGCACUGGCCUAUGGUUGCCUACAAUGUGCUGAAGAGUAUAUUCUUCAAGAGUGGCAGUCGAGAGAUGCAUAUCAUGAGAGGGAAGGAUGUCUUUAAGACAUAUAAAGUGACGGAUUGUGCUCAUGAGUCCAUAUCGUUCUGGAGAAUGAUUUUACCCAUAAUUGUCAUACUUGUCGUCUCCAUUGCCCUAAUGUUGGUCGCCUGGAGAUAUCAAGCCCACAAUUGGUCUCAGGCCCAGAGCGCAAAUAACACAAAGUAUGCGAGCGCACCGGUAGUCGAGCAAAAUGAGGACAUACUGUACGCUAAGGGCGGCGGACCUAAAGACAAUCCAAUAUUCGUGGACUUAGAGACCAAUACAUCGCCGACCAGUAACCGGAAUACUCCUAAUAAUAUCAAUAAAAAUAUUGAUGUCGUAGAUAGUGGCCAACCAUUACAUGCUUCACAACUACCCCAGACAUCACAUCCCAUUCAGCCCCACAAACCUGUUUCAAACCAGACAUCGGACUCGUCGUACGCCUCGUCGAGGAAUAGACUGACUUCAGUGAAUGAAUCGCCAGAAUUUGUGAAGAAAUUAUGGGUCCCUCCCACUGAUGGCCGACCAGAGAAUGAGUACGUAUUGGAUAACAAGGGGUUUGACAGCAGGGAUGACAUCUCCGGUGCCCGAAGUCAUGAUGCCGUCAGAGAUAUGGACUUCAGAUCCAACACAUUCAGCGCACCAAAAACACCCGAUGAAGUGACACCACCCGAGCCUAUUACUGGUCUGAACGGCACUCAACACGAGAGUCUGCGCUCAUACCCGAAGUCAGCGCUACGGCAACGGACUAUUGAGAUGGAGAACACCGUUCCCCUCACAACCGGCACCCAAUUCAUGUCCGUAAACGACCCGUUCCGGCGCUCAUCCAAAGUCCAGUUUGAACUCCCAAACCGACGCCCCAACGAACCGCCCUUUCAUCGCAAUUAACACCAAUUUAUUUUCAAGUUUAUUAUUUGAGUCCAUUAAACAUAUUUAAAACACUUAUUAAUGCCGUAUAUUUAAAUUUUGAUUCAAUAUUUUUAUAUUAUACAAGUAUUUUAUAAUAUAAUUCUUUAAAAAUCAGGGAAAUAUAAUGCAAUAUUUUUGUUUAUUAAUUAAUAUUCUGAUCAAUAC